AUGUCAACGCCACCAAAGCGCCGCAACUUCACCGAAGAGGAAGACAUUAUGCUUCUUCGCCAAGUCUCCGCCGACAUGCCCUUCCUUGCCCGACGCGGACUCAUCAUGGACAACUGGACGGCCAUUGCGGAAACUCUAGCGGCGAACGAAGACUUUGGCCGCCCUGACUUCGACGCGAAGAAGGCCAACAAUCGGUUCAUUGCUCUCGCGGAGGCACACCGCAAGAUCCAUCGCGUGUCAGCACGUGCUUCUGGCAUUUCAGAAGACGUUGGGGAGAAGGUGGCCCUGCUCGAUGACAUACUCUCAGCACACGACGACGCAAAGGAAGAAGAGUCGCAGCGAAUCGCAGAUGCCAAGAAGACACACGAGCACAACGACAACCUGGGCAGUGUUGUGCGCGAGGAGGCGAUGCAGUCGCUGGGAAAGCGAAAGCAUGAUGUCGACGACGAUGGUGCUUGUCGGGGUGGUGGCGGUAAGAUGCUAAAGGUGACGACGAUGAUGCACGAGCAAGUUCAAUCCGAACUGGAAUUUCAACGCGAGAAGCAUGAAAACGAAAUCAAGGAACGUCAAAAGGAUCGCGAGUUGCUUGCGCAACAAAUUUGGAACAAACAGGAGUCAAUGCGUAGUCAACAGGAGUCAAUGGCAGCUUUGAUAAAGUUGCUAAUGAACAAGCAGUAG